AAAAUGAAAAUUUGAUAUCUAAUACUUAAUAUAUUGAUGUUAAUUACUAGAAUAUGAAGGGUGAACUUGAUACAAUUAAUUGAUAUAUAAACUUUGUUCAUGUUAAAUAUGAAAAGUUGGUGUGUUAAAACAUUUAUGAAAGAAGAAAGAUAAUUAUCUCUAUACCAACAUAGCCAACAGCACAAAACCCUAUUGAAGAUUUUUAGAAAAAUAGGGUUUGAUAUCAUAUUGAUCUUAAAGCUGAUUUGAAUUGAAGGCAUAUAAUUAAUGAACCCUUAAUCAUAAUAAUUACCUUACCCACACCACUCCAAGUCCAAACCUCUUUGUUAAUUAUUAAUUUAAUAGCAUAAAUAUUGUUCUUCUUUUGUCCCUUCACAAUCCCAAUUUCAAAUCAAAAACAAAAAGAAACAACAAAUUAAAGCUUCCUAUUGCCAUGGCUUCCUCGUCUUCCUCAAUGCCCCAUUUCUUCAAGGUUAUUCUUCCUCAAACCCUCACUCAAAAGAAGCUCGUAAGUUUUUUGAUUAAUCACGAAAUACAUAUUUUGGCUUGGUUUUUGAAAACACAAGUGGAAUCAUUUUUAAAAACAAAAAGUCCAAAUGAUUAUCUAAAGGAGGAGUUCUUAAGUUUCUGAUCUUUUUGUUGUUGUUGCCCUUUUCAAUUCAGGAAGUUCCAAAGAAAUUUGUGAGAAAAUAUGGAGAAGCUCUAAAAGCUGAAGAGGUAUGGCUUAAGAUAAUGGUGAGUGGAGCAAAAUGGAAAGUUGGAUUAAAAAAAAGUAAUGAAAAAGUAUGGUUUGAAAAAGGGUGGGAAGAGUUUGUAAAGUUUCAUUCAAUUGAUUAUGGUCAUUUCUUAACAUUUAGAUAUGAAGGCAAUUCUUGUUUUCAAGUUGUUAUUUUUGAUCAAACUGCCACAGAAAUUGAAUAUCCAAUUUCUUUCAAAAACCAGUUUGAUAACAAAAAAAUGUUUGAAGAGAAAAGGAAAUCAGUUCAAGAAACAUUGCCUAUAAAAAGAGAAAGGAAAGAAGUUCAUGAAAAUGAAUGUGUUCCUCAAACUUUGUAUAAAAAGAUGAAAACAAGUGAUGAAGUUGGUGCAAAUAAAGUCAUAUGGAGAUCUCAUGAGCUUCAAGAAGUGGAGAUGAAGAAGAACACAGAAGACUUGAAAAGUUCUGAUUUAAAGAAAGGGAAGAUUUGGAGUAAGAGAUCAUCAACCAUUUUUGCAAAAGCUUCAAAGUUCAAAGAAAUAACUACAAAUCCUUCUUUCAUGGUCACUAUGGGACGUUCAUACCUUCAUACAAGUAAUUUGAAUAUUCCAACAGGGUUUGCAAGUACGUAUUUGAAGGAGACCAAAGACUUGAUUCUUUAUGUUUCAUCAGAUGAUCAAAAGGUUUGGAAGAUUUUGUGCGUUGAACGUUGGUUGUAUGCUAGAUCAUGUCAAAGGUUUGAAAUGGCUAAGGGUUGGAGGGAAUUUGCUAGAGAUAAUAGCUUGAAAGAAGGUGAUAUUUGUGUAUUUGAGUUGAUGAAAAACAUUCAAAAAAUGUCAUUAUUUAAAACUACCAUUUUUCGAUUUGGUUCGUGAGAGGUCAAGGUAUAUUGACAUGACAAGCUUGAAUUAAUUUGGAGAGACAAUCUUUUGUUUAAGGAUUAAUCAAGUUGAGAUGCACCGAUGCAUGUAUCGAUCUUA